ACAAGAAGUAAGCAGGAUCUAGCAUGUGGGCGAAAACUUACAGAACUAUUGCCAGAAAUGUGAAGUGUACGACGCUGCAUUAUAAAGUGACCUUUGGAAAAAUUGCGUAAAAAGCAACAUUUUAAGAUUAAAUAAUACGUAUCUUAACUUAUAUAUAUUUCGUUGUAAUAUGUAAUGAAAACGACGAACAAAAUUAUUUAGCAUAUCGUGGUUUGCGAAAAUUAUAUUAACUGUAGGGGACUUCGAUCCAAACCUGCGUUCGCGAUCGUAGUGUUUGAAAAUUUUGUACGUUUGUUGUGAACCACCUAUAGAAAAAUGAGUUUGCUGAAAAAUUCAAGAAUCGGUGGUGUCCUGCUAGAUAUUACUGGCGUUCUAAAAGACGGAGGAAUUGCAAUUCCCGGAUCUGUUGAAGCAGUUCGAAAACUGCGCGAGGCUGGCUUGGCGGUUAAGCUUGUGACUAAUGAAACUCAGAUAACUCGACGCACAAUGGUAUCGUGUCUCGUAAAUUUAGGUUACUCUGUUCAGGAGCAGGAUAUUGUGCCCCCUUGCCCUGCAUUAAUUUCAUUACUUCAGCACGAAAACUUGAGACCACAUUUGUUGGUGCAUCCCAAUGUAUUACCUGAGUUUGAAGCCAUUGAUCAAAGCAACCCAAACUGUGUUGUGCUUGGUGAUGCUGGAGACAACUUCACAUACGAAAACCUGAAUAAAGCAUUCAGAAUCCUAAUAAACAUGGAAAAACCACGACUAUUUUCACUAGGCCAAGGCAGAUAUUACAGUGACUCUGAAAGUUUGAUGUUAGAUGUGGGUGUGUUUACAGCUGCACUUGAAUACGCUGCUGAUGUAAAAGCAGAAAUUAUAGGUAAGCCACAGCCAGAGUUUUUCAGGUCAGCACUGAGAGACAUGGGAGUUGUACCUGAGGAGGCAGUGAUGGUUGGUGAUGAUGUAGUGUCAGAUGUGGGAGGGGCACAGAACUGUGGACUUACUGGUGUAUUGGUGAGAACUGGGAAGUAUCGCCCAGUGGAUGAGAAACAUCCAACAGUGCAUCCUGAUGCCAUUGUAGAUGACUUGGCACAUGCUGUGAACUUGAUUUUGAAAUCCAGGAAAUGAGAAUGUUAUGUAAUGUUACACUUCUGACUCAAAAUGAAAUACAAGCAUAUCUCAUAGAAUGUAUUGACAAUUUUUAUCAUA